AUGGUGGCCGAUGCUCUCAGUCGAAGAGUGAAGAUUGAUUUGAGAGCGAUGUUCGCUCGUCUUAGUCUGUUUGAUGAUAAAGUUCUGUUAGCCGAGUUACAAUCUAAGUCGACUUCGAUUGAUCAGAUUCGGGGUAAGCAGUUAGGGGAUGAGUCUCUGGGUUUGCGGUUUCAUCAGAUUAAGAGUGGCAGUACUUCUAAUUUUGGACUGAAUAAGGAUCGGGUUUGUGUACCGAAUGAUUUUGAUCUGAGACAGCCGAUUCUGAGGGAGGCGCAUCAUAGCCCUUAUGCUAUGCAUCCUGGUGAUAAUAAAAUGUAUCACGAUCUUUGUAAGUUAUACUUGUGGCUGGGCUUAAAGCGUAAGACAGACCACUCUUUACAAAAGUUGGCGAAGCUCUAUAUCUCUGAGAUUGUAAGACUGCAUGGGGUUCUGGCUUUAAUAAUCUCUGAUAGGGAUCCUCGCUUCACUUUUUAG